AUGAGUCAAUGUUUAGAAUAUAUUAGACAAGGAAGAAUAACCGAAGCUCUAGAAUGUGCACAGGAUGAAUUAGCACCACUUGGGGAAGAAAAUACUGAAUUUCUUGAAGAACUUGAGAGAUCAAUGGCAUUAUUAGCAUUUGAUAAUACAUCCACAUCUCCUGUAGGAUAUUUAUUCCAUACAUCACAACGUUUACAUACAGCCAGUGAGCUGAAUGCUGCAAUUUUAACUUCACAAAACCAACAAAAAGAUCCAAAUUUACCAAAUUUAUUAAAAAUGUUGGUUUGGGCUCAAGAUGAAUUAGAUGAGGAAGUAACAUAUCCUAAAAUGGAAACGUCAACAUCUAUUUCCAAUUCUAUAUCAAACUCUACUAUAAAUCUUUUAUAUUUACCAAUCUAA